AUGGCCAAUGCCACCGAGGACCGCCUGAAGGAACGCGUCCGACGUCUGGAGUUCAAGCUGGCAGAUGCGGAGUCCUGGAACGACAAGAUGAGUGAAGCAAUGCAGAAGCUCUUGCAGACGCAGGCCGGAUUGGAGCAGUCCGUGGAGUCUUUGGAGACGCAGUGUGCAGCGCUCCGGCAUCAGACCAGUGCAGCGGAAUCCUGUAAGGAUCAGCUUGAGCGAUGGCUGGAGAAGCAAAGGAUGGCCCAGGAGUCGACGAUCGAGCAGCUGCGAGCAGAGAAUGUGAAGUUGCAGAGGGAGAACGCCACGCUUGCGGAGCAAGCCCAGCUGCAACAGCAGCGUGCUGACAGGCUGCAUGAGGAGAAUGACCAACUUCGAGGCCAGGCAGGCUACCCAGAGAUGGUCCCCGAUGGGCUUGCGGCAGACUGCGAUGCCUGCAGUGACGUUUCUUCCUGGGUUUGUGUCCCGAGCAGUGACCGCAAUGUCUUUGCGGCUGGGACGAUGCUGAAGGCCAAGGUCGGACAGGCGUUUGAGUACCUGCAGGCCAAGGACCUACAGAAGGGAGCCCAGAUAUUGGCCUCUGACGACCAGUCUUUGCUGGAGGUGCUCGACACCCCAGAGGCGCAGAGAUCUGUGGAGCUCAUAGAGCUGUGGACGGAGGAUCGGAUGCUGCGCGUUGCGGGCCAGCAGCUGCUCCUGUCUGCGGCUGCGGGAGACCCACUGCAGGAGGAAGCCGCCUCAACUGCGCAAGCGUGUUUGGCCGAGACAUUGCAUCCAGGUGAUUGGAUCAAAGUGAACGGCCGCUUCUCUCGACUGACGCGCGUGGAGGUCCGAGCUCUCGAGGAGGUGUCUUGGAUGAGUCGUGCCUUUGUCAAGCUCCCUUUCUUCUUGAUGUGGUCGUAG